AUGGAACACAAUGAUUAUUAUAAGUCUUCAGAGAAGUAUGAAAUAUGCACGAGCUUUGAAAAUAUAGGAAUAGACGAAGGUCUGUUAAGAGGAAUAUAUGCAUAUGGAUUUGAAAAGCCAUCUGCUAUUCAGCAAAGGGGUAUCAAGCCUAUAUUAAGUGGAAGAGAUGUAAUUUUACAAAGUCAAAGUGGAACAGGGAAAACUUGUGUGUUUGCUGUAGGGGCAUUAAAUUGUGUUAAUAGAAAUUUAAAUGAAACUCAAAUAAUAAUAUUGUCACCUACUAGAGAAUUAGCAGAACAAACACAAAAGGUUUGUCUAGCAUUAGCUGACUAUAUUCAUGUAACAAUUUAUUGUUGUAUAGGAGGGAAAAGAAUGAGUGAUGAUAUAAAAGCAUUAAAUAAUGGGGUCCAUAUUAUUAGUGGAACACCAGGAAGAAUAUAUCAUAUGUUAAAUUUAAGGCAUUUAAAAUGUAAAUAUAUCAAACAGUUAGUUAUUGAUGAAGCAGAUGAAAUGUUAAAUAAAGGAUUUAAAGAACAAGUGUAUGAUAUAUAUCGUUUCUUAUCACCCAAUACACAAAUUAUUCUAUCAUCAGCUACAUUACCACAAGAAGUUUUAGAAAUAACAAAUAAAUUUAUGCAUAAACCAGUGAAGAUAUUAGUUAAAAGAGAUGAACUCACAUUAGAAGGUAUUAAACAGUUCUUUGUAUCUAUUGAAAAAGAACAAUGGAAAUAUGAAACUUUGGCAGAUUUAUAUGAAAGCUUAACUAUUACUCAGGCUGUUGUUUUUUGUAAUACUAAAUUAAAAGUAGAUUGGUUAACUAAGAAAAUGCUUGAAUCAAAUUUUACUGUUUGUAAAAUGCAUGCAGAUAUGACUCAAAGUGAAAGAGAUGAUAUUAUGUUAAAAUUUAGGCAAUGUAAAUUUAGAGUUUUAAUUUCAACCGAUAUAUGGGGUAGAGGAUUAGACGUGCAAGAAGUUUCUCUUGUUGUUAAUUAUGAUCUGCCCAAUUCAAGAGAAAGUUAUAUCCACCGAAUUGGACGUAGUGGGAGAUUUGGAAGAAAAGGAGUUGCUAUCAGUUUUGUUAAAAAUGAUGACAUAAAAAUUUUGAGGGAUAUCGAACAGUACUAUUCAACACAAAUUGAUGAAAUGCCUAUGAACAUUACGGAAUUGCUGUGA